AUGAAACUUCGCGCCGUCUUGCUCCUCGCCGCGAUAUGCGUCGCACCGCACGUCGCGGUCCGCGCCGAUGACGCGUGCACCGACGAGACGUGCGCGUCCCACCUGAACGAUCUCCGCGGGGUGCUCGCGAACGCCGAGGACGUGGCGGACUACGUGGUGCGUCUGCGACGCGAGCUCCACCUGCAACCCGAGCUGAUGUGGACGGAACACAAGACCUCCGCGGUGGUAAAGCGCGAGCUGACGGCGAUGGGGGUUUCGUUCGAGGAGAUAUCGGCGCCCGGAGUGGUCGCGACGAUCGGAUCGGGCUCCGCCCCGGUGGUGGCGCUACGCGCUGACAUGGAUGCGCUGCCGGUGACGGAGGAGUCCGACAUCCCGCUCGAGCGAAGGAGCCAGAUCCCUGGCAGGAUGCACGCGUGCGGCCACGACGGUCACACCGCGAUGCUGCUCGGGGCGGCGAAGGUGCUCAAGUCCGUUGAGCCCGAACUCCGCGGCACGGUGCGCCUGGUGUUCCAGCCCGCGGAGGAGGGCGGCGCGGGCGCGAGACGCAUGCUCGAAGACGGCCUCCGAGUCAUGACGCCGCCGAUCGAGUCGUCCUUCGCGCUUCACAACUGGCCGUACCCCGAGACCCCCAGCGGGACCGUGGGGACCCGCUCCGGCACCAUCAUGGCCGGCAGCGGCUCGUUCGAGAUCACGUUCACGGGAGCGGGCGGGCACGCGGCUGUGCCCCACAAAAACGUCGACGUGGUGGUGUGCGGCGCCGCCGCGGUGAUGGCCACGCAGACCAUCGUGUCGAGGCUGACCGACCCGCUCGACUCCGCGCUCGUGUCCACCACGAUUUUCAAGGCUGGCGGCGAGGCGAGCAACGUGAUGGGCGACCGAGCCGUGCUCGCCGGGACGUUCAGGGCUCUCGACAAGCGAACGUUCGAGUGGCUCCACGGUCGAAUCGAGCACGUCGCCGCCGCCACGGGAGCCGCGCACGGGUGCGACGUGAACGUCGACUUCUUCCCGGUCAGCAACGGCGUCCGGCACGAGGAGUACCCACCCACCGUCAACGACGCGCGCGCCGCGACGCUGGCGAGGGAGGUGGCGACGUCCAUGUUUGGCGACGACGCCGUCGUCGACGUCGCGCCCGUCAUGCCCGCGGAGGAUUUCUCCUUCUUCGCCGAGGAGUGGCCGUCCGCGAUGAUGUGGCUCGGUGCGUACAACGUCACCGCGGGUGCCACGUGGCCGCUGCACAGCGGGAAGUACGUGCUGGACGAGUCGGUGCUGCACAGGGGCGUGGCGAUGCACGUGGCGUACGCGACGGAGUUCAUGUCGACGGGCUUCCGGGGAUGA